AGAAGACAUUUGGCAGUUUAUCUUCCGGUUAGCCAAAAUGGCGCAAGGUUCGCGCAAGUUUAAAGCUCAACGUCCUGGAGCUGCGAAAAAACAACAACAGAACAAACAGAAGGGACCAAAGAAAGGAGGGAGGAUCAUUGCGCCCAAGAAGGCUCAAGUGAUUCAACAACAGAAGCUCAAGAAGGGUCUGGAAGUCGCCAUCAGGAACAAGAUUGAACAUGAUGUGACCCAGAAGGCGAGCUCCUCCCUCCACAAGCCCCUCAGUGUGGUCAAAGGCGCUAAGGGCAAAAGCAACCCAGGAGCCCCUCGACCAGGAAGCAGCUCCAAAUAGGAUGGGAUACAAUGGACAUGGAUAAACAUUAUGACUGUGCAGGAAACAAAAUUCUUUAAAUCUUAAGUUUCAGGUUACUGCAUCUUAACAGUGACCACAGGUAUGUUGAUGUUGCUGACUGCUGCCUCUGUUCUCUUCAGUUACAACAAAUUUUAAACAUGAGGUUUUGUAGCGGAAAAGACAAAGCUUUAAAUGUGGGAAAUGUAACUUCUUAUUUCAAAAAAUAUAAUUCUUUAAUGUUAGCAAUAGUUAGAUGGUAUGAUUAUAUGUUAUAUGAUAGUUAUAUGACCUGCAAACUCAAAAUGUAUGAACAAGAAUGUCCAGAUUCCUAACAGGCAACUGAGAUCUUGUCAGCACACAUUAAAUGAUAAAAGAAAACUCUUACUCUUAAAAUA